CCGACUCGGCCGGGCUCAAUCCAUUUCAAAUGGAGAUUUUGGAGCUCAACAAAACCCUCCUUUGAUGCUCAAGUCAAGCUUGAGGUUGCACAUCUCAUAUCGCAACGCCCCCUCCUCCUCCUCCUCUCUUCAGUCAGAUGCUAUGCUGCCUAGUUCCAGUGUCACCGGAAUUCCCCACUCUCGCAAUUCACGAAAUGAGAAUUCCAACCUUGGCCAUCAGGGAAAUGGAGGACCAGGUCGUGCCCACUCUGAGGAACUGCACUGGGCUUGCGAAAUUGAAGCAAGUCCAUGCUCGCAUUGUGGUAUCUUCCCUCUCCCAAAGUUGUUACCUUUCGACCAGAAUCAUAAGCAUUUGCAGCGCCAUCGGAAGGCUGGACUACGCGACGCUAGUAUUCAACCAGGUGGAGCAACCCAACGUCUUCUUGUACAACGAAUUGAUAAAAAACUACGCCAAAAAGAACCUUUUUGAGGAGGCAAUCGAUCUCUACAGGCGGAUGCUGAAGCAAGAUGGCCUUUUUGCGGAUCGAUUCACAUAUCCCUUUGUUAUCAAAGCUUGCGCCGGCCUGGCGGCUCUGCAUCUCGGCAAGCAACUUCACGCCCGUGUUUCUAGGUCAUGUUUGAUGUCCAAUUCUAUCAUUCAGAACUCUUUGAUCGAAAUGUACACUAGGAGCGAUGAUUUAAUCAGCGCACAUUGCCUGUUCGACGAAAUGGCGGAGAGAGAUGUGAUAUCUUGGAAUAUGCUAAUCACGGCCCAUGCUCGGUUGGGGCAGAUGAGGAAAGCUAGAAAUAUGUUCAACAGAAUGCCCGAGAGAACAGUAGUCUCAUGGACCGCAUUGAUCUCUGGUUACACCUCCAUCGGUUGCUACUCUGAUGCUAUAGAGGCCUUCAGUGAGAUGCAGUCAGAAGGCCUGGAACCGGAUGACAUUAGCAUCGUGUCAGUAUUACCAGCAUGUGCUCACUUGGGAGCUCUGGAGUUGGGCAAGUGGAUACAUGCCUUCUGUAGUAAGCACAGGUUGCUGAAGAAGACAUUCAUAUGCAAUGCCCUCAUGGAGAUGUAUGCUAAAUGUGGAAACAUUGACCAAGCCCGUCAGAUAUUCGACAGUUUGCGAAUAAGAGACGUUAUCUCAUGGAGCACAAUGAUCAGUGGGCUUGCAACGCAUGGGAGGGCGUUUGAUGCAAUCAAGUUGUUUAUGGAAAUGGAGAAUGAUACGAGAGUGAGGCCAAAUUGCAUUACAUUUCUUGGGCUUUUAUCUGCCUGUUCUCAUGCUGGAUUAGUGGAUGAGGGAAUGCAGUACUUCAGUUCAAUGAAGAAUGUCUAUGGUAUUGAUCCUGAAAUUGAGCAUUACGGUUGUAUGGUGGAUCUCCUUGGUCGAGCAGGCUGCAUUAGUCGUGCUAUGGAACUCGUAAAUGGCAUGCCAUUUACACCUGAUGUUAGCAUCUGGGGUUCUUUGCUUAGUUCUUGUAAAACCCAUGGAGAUCUCAAAACAGCUGUAAAUGUGACAGAGAGGCUACUUGAGCUUGAACCAGAGGACACUGGCAACUAUGUGUUGCUUUCAAACAUUUAUGCUGCUGCAGGAAGGUGGGAUGCUGUCGCUAAGAUGAGGAAAUUAGUGAGAAGCAUGAAUAUGAAGAAGACACCAGGCUGCAGCCUGAUUGAGGUGAACAAUGUGGUUCAGGAGUUUGUUGCUGGAGAUGAAUCAAACCCACUUUUUAUUGAUUUAUGGCCAAUUCUUGAUUUGUUGUCCUCGGAGCUAUCAAGAACUCAAAUUAUAAGAACAGUGUCGACAGAGCAGAUGAAGCUUAUGGAUUUGCAUCAGGAAGAGGACGGCCCUUCCAUAGCAGUGCUGUGAUGCAGAAGAGCAUGCACGUGUUAGAUCAGACUUGAUUGUCCAGUCGACAUAAGGGCAAUUCUGCUUGACAAAUUGUUCUUGGGUUUCGGCAAAAAACAACUCAGAAGAUUGCUUCAUGGAGAGAGAGAGGUGAGUCUAAUUUCAUUAACCUGCCCAUCUCCUUCAAAGCAGUGUUUACUCAAAAAAUAGAAAAAAUAUAUGUAAACAAAGAGAAAUGGGUUAUGAUAUAUAUUUCCUUGAACAUGAUA